GUUCAGUGCAUUUCCUUUCAAAACAGCGACUGGAAAAAGACUAGUAUUUGUAUUGAUAAAGUGUGGAUUUCGUCAGAAACUGAUACGGAUGACACGUCGCACCGCUGAUUUUGUACCAUUUCUGGUUAAAGUCGCUUCUUAUCCUGACGAUCAAUCUGCCUAGUCCGCAAGCAAGAUGGAAGGACAGCAAAUAACCCACUGGCCUCUGUACAUCAAUGCUGCGAUGUCUGUCUGUGCCUUUGUCCUGACUGUGCGUCUCAUCCCAAGGUUCUAUGAUCUCUUCAUCGCAGCUGACAUGUACGGAAAGGACAUGAGUAAGAAGAUACCAAAAGGACAAGAACCUAAGAAAGUUCCCGAGGGUCUAGGAGUGAUCACCGGAGCUGUUUUUCUCAUCGUUAUGUUCCUCUUCAUCCCUGUUCCAUUCUGGAGGAUGUGGAAAUCCGAUACCAGAGAAGACUUCCCUCAUGACAGGUUUGUAGAGUUCAUCGCAGCUCUUCUGUCUAUAUGCUGCAUGAUAUUCCUUGGCUUCGCUGACGAUGUCUUGGACCUAAGAUGGCGCCACAAACUCCAGCUUCCCACAAUGGCGACCUUGCCCUUGCUCAUGGUCUACGUCGUCAAUUAUGGCUCCACAACCAUCAUGGUCCCUAAACCACUCAAUGCAUACAUCGGCAAUGAUAUUAACCUGGGAGUCUUGUACUACAUCUACAUGGGGAUGUUAGCCGUCUUCUGCACCAAUGCAAUAAACAUCUUGGCUGGAGUGAAUGGCUUGGAAUGCGGUCAGUCAGCGGUCAUCUGUAUCAGUGUUAUCAUCUUCAAUAUCGUCCAACUAUCAGGAAAUUGGAGUGAAGCUCAUCUAUUCUCUUUGUACUUCAUGAUGCCAUUCUGUGCUGUCUGCCUGGCUCUCCUUUAUCAUAAUUGGUAUCCCUCAAGGGCCUUCGUGGGGGACACCUUCUGCUACUUUGCUGGCAUGACCUUUGCCGUGGUAGCCAUCUUAGGUCACUUCAGCAAGACCAUGCUUCUCUUCUUCAUCCCGCAAGUCAUCAACUUUGUCUUCUCCGUCCCUCAGCUCUUCCAUUUUGUGCCCUGCCCCCGGCAUAGACUGCCAAAGUUCAAUCCUGAUACUGAUACCCUAGGAAUGAGCUAUACAAGAUUUAAGAUGAAGAACCUUGGCUUUAUAGGGAGGUUAGCAGUGAGGGUAUGCGGGUUAGUUGGAGUAAUACACAUUAAAGAAGGAGUAGGAGAAGACAAGGAGGAGACGGAGUGCAGUAACUUUACCAUCCUCAAUCUGGUCUUGAAGAUAACGGGUCCAAUGCAUGAAAGAAACCUGGUUCUUGUCAUGCUCUUCAUACAGGUACUUGGAUCAUGUGUUGCUUUCUUUGUGCGGUUCUACCUUGCAGGGUUCUUCUAUGACGUUAUAGUGUACUAGAUAGUUAAUAUUCCCAAAGAUUGCUCUUUUGAUAUUUUAUGUAAAUUUCAUCUUCUUUCCUAAAUUUAUAUUACUAAAUAAAUGAACAAAAUUUUGUAUGAAUCAUGUGAGCAAAGAACAUAUGUUAUGAUUAAAGAUGAUACAUAUCCCGCAUAUGAAGGAUUUUUUA